AUGGAAGGAGUUAGGUUUGCCGAUGUACUGCAGUCCUUUGAAAAGAAAACAGAGGACGAUGAGUAUGUGAGUGUGGAAAGAGACUACAACGAAAGGAGAGUAAUAGAGAACGAUGUGAGGCGCACAGAGUUGCUAGGUGUGGAUAAAAAAGACUAUAAGAUGGUCAAGUUUCUGAAGAAGCUGCUUUUUGUGGAGCUUGAUAAGAUCCCAAUCAGAUACACACAAGGGAUGAGUGAAGUUGCAUCGGUAUUUGUCCUCUACUAUUUCCAAGAGAUUGUUGGGGAGGAAAUAGCCAAAGGGAUUCUUGGGGGUGGAGAUCCAGAAUCUCCUGGAGAAGGCAGCCCGGAGAAUUUUAUUGAUGUCCCUGAAGACGAAAACGUGGAGCUUAAGAGGUUUCUUUCAAGACACAAGGAUACAACAGCUAAACUUGGUGUUGUACUCACAAAUGUGUUUAAGAGAAAGCUGGAGCCACUUGUUACCGAUGAUUUCAAGAUAUACAAGGAAAACAUGAAGAUAUUUGUGGAGAUGAUGAAGAAAAGAGGUAUAAAGAUUCCGGAGUUAGAAAGUUAUAAGUUCAUGGGAUCUAUUCUAACAUUCUUCCUGAGAAAUCUUUCGAAAAUAGAGGAUGUCCACAAAGUGUUUGAAAUAAUCCUUUCAUGCCCCAAUACUUGCCCAUUUCUGCUCUUGGUGCAGUUUUAUGGCCGGAUUGCUAACAACAAACCCAUAGAGAAUAUUAACAACAAUCUAUUUACAAAGGUAAUAAGGCUUGAAGAGGAGUUUGUUGAGACGAAGAAGAGAAUUGAAAGGAAGAGGCCUGAAUUUUCGAAAAGAAAGAUUAUAGCAGUAGGGGGAGUUAUUAGUAUAGUCACUGCGAUUGUUGUGUAUAAAAUAGCAAGAAAGGAAUAA